CUUAUACCAUUAUUUGAUAUACUGUAACAACGAUUUCAGGAAAGUACAUCCAAUAAUUCUUUCAUUUUUUUUUGCAUCUACUCCAAUUCUUGAUCCUUUUAUUUUUUUAAAAUUUUUUUCAGCUUCUGUAGCUCAUUUUCAGUACUUUGGAACUUGGAAGAUGGAUGAAGUCAGACUCUGCUGAAGUAAACUCUACUGCUUCUCCAAUUGUUGUAAAACACUAGCUUUUCUCAUAAAUGGCAUUUACUGCAUUACCACUUACCCAUUCUGAACUUAUUUUUCACCAUAUUUUUAUCUUCAUUAAUUUCAAAGUAACCAGCAAUUCACUCAAGAACCAAAGACUUUUUCCAGUUUUCCACCUCUUUUUUUUUUUUUUUAAAAAAAAGUUUUUUAUGGCUUGUAAUCUGCAUAAAGGUCUCUCUACUAGUCUACAUAGCUUCCGCUUUUCUCGGUUGUUCCACCGUGUAAUCUCGUGAAUCUCAAACGGGAUUGUAGUAAUUUAUUCGCACCCCAUUUUUCUUGCUCCUGAUUCCCAAAUUUCAAUCCCACACAGGUUUCCUGUGUUUCCAUCCUAGUGUUUUUAUCUUGGAAGUUUUUAUAUAUAUAUAAAAAAGUUGUCUUUUUUACGUUGUUUGUUUUCAAGGACUUAAAAAAAAACAUUUAAGUACAUACAAAAUUCUAUGGCAUUUUGAAUUCAAAGAUUCUCUCUUUAAUCACUUUCCAGACUCAUAAUCUAUCAGAGAAAAGAAAAGGAGUUGAGCUUUGAGGUUUGUUCUGUUCCAAUUUCAAGUCUAUUGAAGUUGAGGGUUGUCUUUGAAGUACUAUUUUGUGUGUGGGUUUUGUCUCAAAUGUGGUGGAAUGAUGGUGUAUAUGCUUCGUUUUAGGUGGAAAAACAUCAAAAAAAAAAGGACUAAUGAGCGUGGGGCGGUCCAAACUUUUAGCAAUGUCGUUCUCUCUGUAAAGGUUGAAGUAAAAUGGAGCAUUCCCUUGUUACUUGGUGAAAGUUAAAAUAUUUACAGUGUCUGUGAAUAUUUAGAGAUGAUGGAUGGGCGGCGUCAUUCUGUUGAUGUUCCUAUCUCAAGGACUUUGGUUGCACUUAGGAGAGUGAGAUCUCUUAGAGAUCCUUCAACUAAUUCCCUGAGCAAGUUUUCUCCUUUGCUCGAGAAUUUGAAUUGGGAGACAAAUUCGAACAAUGGGAUUACUUUGGGGUUUGAAAGGAAGUACAAUGACUGUGUUGAUAUUGGUAAUGACCUGUUAGGCUUUAGAGAUAAGAAAUUGGAUAGUAUAAGAGGGCAACACGGAAAUGAUCAAGACCAAUAUGGCAAUGGAAGAAAAUCUACUUCCAAAUUGAAGUCACAUGAACUUUCUUGUUUUAAUGAAAAUGAGGGUUCUGCCCCAAGUAGGAAUGUUCAUGUUGAAGAGUCUAAUAUAGCUCAGCCAAGCCUUGAUUUGUUUUGUGGUGGCAAAUCGUUGAGUGAGAGAUAUGGUAGCAGUUACAGGGACAAAGGAUUGGAGUUGGCUUGUAUGACGCCUUUGGAGGGGGUGGGUUCUUGUAAUGAGCAAAAUGACGGCUCAACAUGUCUGGAAAACAUUGAUUUUAAUGUGGGCAGUAAGCAAUGCCAGUACAACAGAAAGCAGACUAGAUCAGGUAAGCCAGCAGCAGGAGAUUUCCUGAGUCGUGUUGGCAGUCCAUGCUUAUCAGUGAGUGAUGCCCUGCUCAGAGGAUCCAGUCAUGCGUCCUUGAAUGGAAAUAAUGAUACUGAUUCUUUAGAUUUUAGUCAAUGUGGGUGUGGGAUAAGCCGUUGCUGGUCAAGAUCAACUCCAAGGUUUAGAGAGUCUCAAUACCAACUUGAUGCCGAAGACCAUCCACUUUUACCUGGAGGUGUAGUUGACACGCCUAUUUCUGAGCACAGAAGGGGCUGCAAACAUGCAAAUAAUGGGACAUGUUUCUGUUCAGAAAGUCCUCGAAGCCUUGGACAAAAGUUCAGGCCAAAGUCAUUUAGUGAAUUGGUGGGCCAAAAUGUGGUAGUCAAGUCUCUUCUAAGUGCAAUCUCCAGUAGAAGGAUUAGUUCUUUCUAUCUCUUCCAUGGUCCCCGUGGUACGGGCAAAACAUCUGCGGCAAGAAUCUUCGCUGCUGCAUUAAACUGUGUUUCUCCCGACGUUGCCAAACCUUGUGGUCAAUGCCGAGAUUGUGUUCUAUUCUUUUCUGGAAAGGGAAGGGAUAUCAAGGAAGUGGAUUCCCUAAAAGUUAAUGGGACACAAAGGAUUAGAGCAAUCAUAAAGAAUGCAGAAAAUUCUCCAUGUUCUUCGCGAUUUAAGGUUGUGAUUAUUGAUGAGUGCCAUUUGUUGCAAGAAGAUUCAUGGGCAACAUUUCUGAACAACCUUGAGGAGCUCUCUAGACAUGUUGUAUUCAUAAUGAUAACUCCUGACCUUCAUAAGUUGCCUCGUAGUGCAGUCUCACGGUCUCAGAGAUACCAAUUUACGAAAUUAAAAGAAGCUGAUGUUGCUGGUCAAUUAGAGAAGAUCUGUAUGGAAGAAGGAUUUGAUUUUGAUCGAAAUGCUUUAGAAUUUAUUGCUUCCAAAUCAAGUGGCUCUCUACGGGAUGCUGAGAUGAUGCUUGAGCAGUCGAGUCUGAUCGGGAAAAAGAUUACUAUGUCCUUAGUAUAUGAACUGAUGGGAGUUGUUUCUGAUGAGGAAUUGCUUGAUUUGCUACAUCUUGCACUGUCAUCUAAUACGUCAGAUACUGUAAAACGGGCUAGGGAGUUAAUGAGAUCAAGAAUCGAUCCCUUGCAACUGAUAUCACAACUAGCAAAUAUCAUUAUGGACAUUCUUGCUGGAAAAUGUCAAGGAGAAGCUUCUGAAGUCCAAAGAAGGCUUUUUGGAAGAAGUAUUUCUGAAGCUGACAUGCAGCAACUGAGUCAAGCACUUAAGAUACUCUCUGAAACUGAAAAACAAUUGAGGAUGUCCAAAAGCCAGACAACAUGGCUUACUGUAGCUCUUCUGCAAUUAAGUUCUGUGGGUGCAUCAGUGGAAACUAAUGAAUCAAGGUUCGGUGUGAAAUCAAUGCAGUUAAAUGAAGGGGAAUUUUACAGCACCUCCUCAACCAGUGAGAGCUUGAAACAUCCUGUGUCUUGUACAUGCAACAACAACGCUUGCAAAAUAGGGAUACCAGGUCAGACACAAACUAUGGAAUCUGUAUGGAGGAGAGCCGUUGCUGUCUGUGAAUCCAGUUCGCUAAAACAUUUCCUGCAAAAGCAUGGAAAGUUGUUGACUGUCAGACUUAGACAAGGUCUGGCUGUAGCAGAACUAGGCUUUUACAAUGCAAAGUACGUUGCCAAAGCUGAGAAACAAUGGAAAGCUAUAGCAGGAGGAUUGCAGCAUGUUCUUGGUCAUAAUGUGGAGAUAAGAAUCAAUCUUGUCAUUGAUGUUAAUGCACAAAACACAGCGAAAGUGAAGAAACCUGCUUUUCGCUUGUUCAGCUGUUCUCGGAGAUCACAUCAUAGAUCAUGUUCAGGCACAGAGUGUGAAAGUGAUCCAUCCGAUAAAUCUGAUUUCUCUUCUACAAAAGCCUUCACCAGAGAUAAAUAUAUUGAAACUGGGUCCUCUGAGAGUGGAUCCCAUAGUUCGCAUGCAUGUUGCCUUAACAAGGAGAUGGUAAGAACUAUAAGAAGCAGCAACGGGAAUGCACUUAGUAUUGCUUUGACAACACCGAAGCAUCAAAAUGGGGUUGAACAUCUCAAGUAUGGAAGCUGUGAUUCCCAAGAUAUAUGUGCCUCGGAAAGGGAAAAGCAACCUGGCUGCUUCCCUAGAACUCUUAAGCUUCAGAAAUUGAAAGGAUCAAAUGCUACUGAGAUGGCGUUCUGCAGGUCGUGUUUAGAAAAAAACCAGACAUCAUUGGUUCCCGAAAUUCUGCCUCAAACAUACUCCCAUGCCACUGAUCCAGGUGUUCCUUGCUGCGGCGCUGACAAUUACUGAUUCGGAAUCAUACAGUUGGAAGACAUAGCAUUGAUCAUGACCGAGAGACAAGGGCGUUGCGGAUGAAUAUGGCACGCCAUAACCUAACAGAGAUUCCUAUUUCAUUGAUGACUGACCUCACCAGCUAGCAGCAGAUUAUAGCUCUUUUAUUGCUUAACUAACUUUCGUACAAAAUGUGCUUAAUGUAUCUAGAGUUAAGAAGGUAUCUGUACAUUGCCUUGAAUCCUUUCAUCUAACACAAUCUGCUAGUUCUUAGCUUUUGACUUGUCCUUAAUGUCCUCAAAUUGCCAUGGCACUUAAUGUCUUUUGGCUUUCAUUGCGGUUAUGUAUGGAAGCUGCACUAAAAUUAAUAGCUUGCCGU